CUAAGUUACAACUUACAAGUAAACACAAAAAGUGAGUCGGAAUCAAACUGCGUAUUGUCCUCUACUACCCAGCAAGGGAAAGGGACAAGCAUCCCUUCGGAGAUCUCAAGGGUCUUCUCUUUCUCUUUCUCUUUCUCGUUUUCUCCGAACUCCAACUUUCUCUCUUAUUAACCAAUCCUUUCACCCUUUCUCUUCUCAAUCCAUCAAUUCCUAUUAUGGCGACCCUUUAUUCAACUCACUGUCGUUCAUUUCCAUCCUCAUCCAACCAAUGUGUUACCUUCUCUAAACGAUUUCUUGCCGCCACCGUUUCUCUCAAAUCUCAACCUAAUUUUAUGCACCAUAUUUCAGUUCAUACUCAACAACACGAAGGUGCAGUUGCAGCCACCGUAAACCCUGUUGAAAAUAACCAUUCUGGCAAGCGACCGAAAGCUGAGUUAUCUUCGGUUACAUCGUCCCCCAAGGUGUCUCAAGUUGAAGACAGUUUUGAAAAGGAUGGAAGUGAGUGCACUGUUAGUAUAACUGUUGUUGGAGCCUCUGGAGACCUUGCAAAAAAGAAGAUAUUUCCAGCACUCUUUGCACUUUACUAUGAGGGUUGUCUCCCUAAGCACUUCACGAUUUGCGGUUAUGCUCGAAGUAAGAUGACUGAUGCUGAACUGAGAAAUAUGGUUAGCAAGACUCUUACAUGUAGAAUUGAUAAGAGAGAGAACUGCAGUGAAAAGAUGGACCAAUUUCUUAAGAGAUGUUUCUAUCAUUCCGGUCAAUAUGAUUCUCAGGAAAACUUUGCAGCACUAGACAAGACGCUGAAGGAACAUGAGGGUGGGAGAACUUCUAAUCGCCUGUUUUAUCUUUCAAUUCCUCCUAAUAUAUUCAUAGACGCCGUAAAAUGCGCUAGCUUGUCAGCUUCGUCUGGCAAUGGUGGUUGGACAAGGGUCAUUGUCGAAAAGCCUUUUGGUCGUGAUUCAGACUCCUCAGCUGCUUUAACAACAUCGCUCAAGCAGUAUCUGACCGAGGAUCAAAUUUUCAGGAUUGAUCACUAUCUUGGGAAAGAGCUUGUGGAAAAUCUUUCUGUCCUCCGAUUCUCAAAUCUCAUUUUUGAACCAUUAUGGUCGAGGCAAUACAUAAGAAAUGUACAGUUGAUAUUCUCAGAAGAUUUUGGCACCGAAGGACGUGGCGGGUACUUCGACAAUUAUGGUAUAAUUAGAGAUAUUAUGCAGAAUCAUCUACUUCAAAUUCUGGCCCUCUUUGCAAUGGAAACCCCUGUUAGUUUGGAUGCAGAGGACAUUAGAAAUGAAAAGGUCAAGGUUCUUCGGUCCAUGCGACCCCUUAAGCUUGAGGAUGUAGUUUUAGGUCAAUAUAAGAAUCACACAAGAGGAGGUGUUACAUAUCCAGCUUACAUUGAUGACAAAACUGUACCGAAGGACAGCUUAACCCCAACAUUUGCCGCGGCCGCCCUCUUCAUCGAUAAUGCAAGAUGGGAUGGUGUGCCUUUUCUGAUGAAGGCUGGGAAAGCAUUACAUAACAAGAGAGCCGAGAUACGGGUACAGUUCAGGCACGUGCCGGGCAAUCUGUAUAAUCGGAAUUUCGGGACAGAUCUCGAUCGGGCUACAAAUGAACUUGUUAUAAGAGUUCAGCCUGAUGAAGCUAUUUAUUUGAAAAUCAACAACAAAGUGCCUGGGCUAGGAAUGAAGUUGGACCGCAGUAAUUUGAAUCUUCACUAUGCAGCAAGAUACUCAAAGGAGAUACCAGAUGCGUAUGAGAGACUCCUUCUUGAUGCAAUUGAAGGAGAAAGAAGACUCUUCAUACGUAGCGAUGAACUCGAUGCUGCUUGGUCGCUCUUUACACCUGUGUUGAACGAGAUAGAAGAGAAAAAGAUAAUUCCGGAGUACUAUCCUUAUGGUAGUCGCGGUCCUGUUUGUGCUCACUAUCUUGCAGCCAGAUACAAUGUACGAUGGGGCGACCUUGGAUUAGAUGUAGAAGAACAAUAGUACUGAACAUUUUGUUGCACUUGUGAUCAACCUCAGACGUUCGCUAACAUGCGCGUCGAUUUGCAGUUUGUUGCCGGGGUGAGGUUUUUCUUUUUUAAUAAUAUUGUUAUGGUAGGCAUACAUGAAAUCAUGUAAAGUAAUAAAGCAUAAAAGUUAAGAUUAAUGAAGCAUUGAGAUUUUUCAUUUGUUUAUUUUUGAUUUGGUGUAGGGGAUUGAGAUAGUAAAUGCUUCAUGUAAUUUUCAUGUACUUUGAUUGGAGUGAAUCAUGAAAAUUCAGGUCUAAAAAUUUAUGAAAUUUCAGAAUGAUCAUUGAAAUUGAAAAUCUUUGAUCACAUUAUUAGUAUUUGAAGUUGUCUCAAAAGAGACUUUACUGAAAGAAGAUUUUCAAUUUAAGAAUGAUGUUGAAGUUUUUAAUAAUUUUAGACUGUUCUAUGUCUACAAUUUUUAAUUGCUUCGUUUUAGACAGAAAAGUGUAGGGUUAAAUGAAUCUCAUUUCACAUGUAACACACUUCAAAUUGAACCAUGUCUGUGUCAUAAGUGCCAAUAAACAUAAAGAUUGUAAAUA